CUGAGGCUGUCCGUGCUGCUGCCUGAAGGUCUUCCACCUGUCAACAUUAACAUUCCUCAGCCCACAAAACAGCCGAUUACCGACAGAAAACCACCGACAACCAGCACUUAACGUGUCGGUGAACAUCAGAAGGAGUUUACACUUUAAAGAGAGACGGUGCCGUUAAAUACAACUUUCCUCCACCGACCGACCGACGGACCGAGCAGCUGGAGGAGAUGAACCCGAGAGGAGCCUCCCGCAGCGGGAAGACUUUCCUCUUCACCUCCGAGUCUGUUGGAGAAGGACACUCCGAUAAAAUGUGUGAUCAGAUCAGUGAUGCUGUGCUCGAUGCAUACCUCAGUCAAGACCCUGACUCUAAAGUGGCCUGUGAAUGUGUGGCGAAGACGGGCAUGAUUUUACUAGUUGGAGAAGUGACAUCCAAGGCCAUUGUAGAUCUCCAGUCAGUGGUCCGAAAUACCGUCAAGAAGAUUGGCUAUGAUGACUCUUCAAAAGGUUUUGACUAUAAGACCUGCAAUGUGCUGGUGGCACUGGAGCCGCAGUGUGUGGAGAUAUCAGACUGUGUGUUUGAGGGCAGGGAUCAGGAGGACAUCGGUGCCGGGGACCAGGGUUUCAUGUUUGGCUACGCCACAGAUGAGACCGAGGAGUGCAUGCCGUUAACCAUCCUUCUGGCUCACAAACUCAACCACAGGAUGAAGGAGCUGUCACUCAACGGAGAGUGUCCUUGGAUACGACCAGACUCCAAAUCACAAGUCACAGUGGAGUACAGAGACGACAAUGGAGCCAUGGAUCCUCUGCGUGUUCACACUGUGGUCAUCUCAGUACAACACAGCCCGAACAUCACCCUGGAAGAGAUCAGACGUAAUCUGAUGGAGAAGGUGGUGAAGGUCGUCAUUCCCGCCAAAUACUUGGAUGACAAGACCAUCUACCAUCUACUGCCAAGUGGGAAAUUCCUUGUGGGCGGCCCACAGAGUGAUGCAGGACUCACUGGGCGAAAAAUCAUAGUGGACACAUACGGAGGAUGGGGCGGGCACGGAGGAGGGGCUUUCUCCGGGAAAGACUACUCCAAAGUGGAUCGGUCCGGAGCUUACGCAGCACGCUGGGUCGCCAAGUCUUUGGUCAAAGCUGGACUGUGCAGGAGAGCCCUCGUUCAGAUCUCCUAUGCGAUCGGUGUGAGCCAACCUCUCGCCAUCUCAGUGUUUCACUACGGCUCAUCGAACAGGGACGAAGACGAGCUGCUGAAAAUAGUACAAAAGAACUUUGACCUGAGGCCGGGGAUCAUCGUGAAAGAGCUGGGUUUGAAGCGGCCAAUCUACCAGGCCACCGCCUGCUACGGUCACUUUGGCAGACAGGAGUUCCCCUGGGAAAAACCAAAGUCUCUGGUGUUUUGAGUUUUGGGGGGGUCGAUCACAUUCCAGUUAUGUCUUAAUAAUCAAACAAUCAAGAAUCCAUAUAUCUAAAUACGACAGUGUAACUGAAAAUGUCUUCUCUCUGACCCUAAGCUUUAAAGGCAGUGGUCAGCGUCUUUGUUGAAGAAUGAUUUUUUAUAUAUUUUGUAUUUUAACAAAAUCAUGAUUGAGGUACUUUUCCUAUAUGAGAAAAUGUAGUUAUUGUUAAAAAUGAUUAUGCAAUAAAUGUGAUUUGUUUUUUAGAGUAUCAUGGAAGAAUUGUCAGGUACUGUCAAAUUUAUAAAAAUCUUUUGAUAAUUUGUAAUAAAUAAAAUUUGGUGAUUAAAA